GUGCUCUGUGUCGCCUGACGCAUGCGCAGAGCGCCCCGCGGCCCGUCGGUGCGGCCAUGGCGCUGGUGUCGGCCGACUCGCGGAUCGCGGAGCUGCUGUCCGAGCUGCAGCGGCUGCUGGGGCACACGCAGGAGGAGCGGUCCCGCAGCGAGCACAACCUCAUCAACAUCCAGAAGACGCACGAGAGGAUGCAGACCGAGAAUAAGAUCUCGCCGUAUUACCGCACGAAGCUGCGCGGGCUGUACACCACCGCCAAGGCAGAUGCUGAGGCCGAGUGCAACAUCCUGCGCAAGGCGCUGGACAAGAUCGCUGAGAUCAAGUCUCUGCUGGAAGAGCGCCGCAUUGCUGCCAAGAUCGCAGGGAUCUACAGUGACGCGGAGCCGCCGCGCAAGACGAUGCGUCGUGGCGUGCUGAUGACACUGCUGCAGCAGUCAGCCAUGACGCUGCCGCUCUGGAUCGGCAAGCCAGGUGACAAGCCCCCCCCACUGUGCGGUGCCAUGCCGGCAGCUGGGGACUACGUGGCCAAGCCUGGGGACAAAGUGGCGGCACGUGUCAAGGCCGUGGACGGCGAUGAGCAGUGGAUCCUGGCGGAGGUGGUCAGCUACAGCCAUGCUGCCAACAAGUAUGAAGUGGACGACAUCGAUGAGGAGGGCAAAGAGAGACACACGCUCAGCCGGCGCCGUGUGAUCCCUCUGCCACAGUGGAAGGCCAACCCUGAGACCGACCCCGAAGCGCUGUUCCAGCGCGAGCAGCUGGUGCUGGCACUUUACCCACAGACCACCUGCUUCUACCGUGCCCUCAUCCAUGCACCCCCGCAGCGGCCGCAGGAUGACUACUCGGUGCUGUUUGAGGACACGUCAUAUGCUGAUGGCUACUCACCGCCACUGAACGUGGCGCAGCGCUACGUCGUCGCCUGCAAGGAGACCAAGAAGAAGUGAUUUGAGCAGCUUGGGGUACUUCGGGGAUUUGGGGCUGUUUGGGGUAUUUUUGGUGGUCUGGGGUGUCUGAGGGUUAUGCUGAGUUCUGGGUCAUGGGUUAUGGGUCAUGCUGUUUUUUAGGGUGAAUUUGGGGUGUUUUUGGUAUUUGCUCUCAUGGGUGAGGGGCAGUAGGGACCCCAUAGCGCCAUCAUGAGAGCUGUAAAAUCAACAUUCAGCCCCAAAACGUACCCCAUAGUGCCUUAUAGGACCCCAAACUUACCCCACUGCAUCCCACAGGGACCCCAAACUCACUCUAAUGGGACCCACAGAGAACCCUAGGGAUCCCAGAGACACCAGGCCCACUCCAUAGGGCCUCAGCGUGACCCACAGGCCCCCAGACCCAACAGUAGGGACCAGAGUGACACACAGCACCCCAGACCCAUUUUAUGUGACUCUGGAUCCCUUAAGGACCCCACACUGCCCUGCAGGACUUUAAACGCACACUGGAAGAUUGCAAAAUCUCUGUAAUUGACCCCAAAAUGCCACAUGGGGACCACGAAGAGCUUAAAGCGACUGAUCCUGUGGGCCCCAAAGCGCCCUUAACAACCCCAAAUCCACCAGAACAACCCCCAGCUGCCCUCAGGGCCCCAUUCGCUUGCAGAACCCAAAAGAAUGAUGCUGGAAGCAGUUCCGUUUGUUGCUUUAUUAGGAAUAAAUUAUGUUAAAAAGCA